GCCGUUCUCCUUCAUUUCCAUCCGAUCUACGAUUUCUCCCCCUUUUUUUUUCUUCCUAUCGAUCGAUUUAGAUAGUAGUAGAAAGAGGAAUCAUGGAGGCUCAGAGGAAUUUCCGUGAUCAGGCGUCAUUUUUGCAGUUCAGCGACCAGCUUCGGCUGCAUACCUCUGCCCUCGCCAAUCUCUCCAUCGGAGACAGCAUCUGGAGCGAACCCUUCGUCAAGCAGCAACCUCUCAACUCCAAUCACGGUUCUGAUCUCAACGGCGGGUGGAAAUCGGCGUUUGGAGGCUCCCAGAAGCUCGCCUUUGGCACCAGCAACUACGGCGUCAAUCGGUACAACAACGCCGACAACGGCAAGAGCGCCGAUGCCGGAGGCAACAAGAGAUUGAGUUAUUCCGGCAGCGAAAAUUACAACGAUGGUGGGAGUGGUGGGAUUAUUAAGAAUUAUUUUGAGAAUAUGGCGGUCGACAAACUUGCUAGUAAGACGGUGGGUGGGAAUGGGAAGAAGGGUAUCACUGAUAGCAAUGAUGGAAGCAACGGUAAGAAGAAAAAGAACCCUGACGACAACAAUAGCAGCAGUAACAACAACAAUAAGGAGGCGGCGGUUGACAAGAGGUUUAAGACGCUGCCGCCGUCGGAAACUCUUCCGAGGAACGAGGCGAUCGGUGGUUACAUCUUCGUUUGUAAUAACGACACCAUGGAGGAAAACCUCCAGAGGCGGCUGUUUGGUCUUCCAUCAAGAUUCAGGGAUUCAGUGCGAGCAAUCACGCCAGGAUUACCCCUUUUCCUGUACAAUUACUCCACCCACCAGCUUCAUGGAAUCUUUGAGUCAGCUAGCUUUGGAGGAACUAACAUUGAUCCCACCGCAUGGGAGGACAAGAAAUGCCCUGGAGAAUCUCGUUUCCCUGCUCAGGUGAGAGUGGUAACAAGAAAGCUCUAUGAGCCACUGGAAGAGGACGCUUUCAGACCCAUACUUCACCACUAUGAUGGUCCCAAGUUCCGACUGGAGCUCAAUGUGGAAGAGGCACUGAAGCUCCUUGAUAUCUUUGCCGAUCAGGAUGCUUGAUUAGAGUGUCUUGGCUAUGAAAGAAAAGACUAAAAACAAAAUAGAUAUUUAUAAAUUAAUAUAUGUAAUGUGGAGUAAAUCAAGGUUUUGUACUCUCCGCUAUUUGAGACAGAAAAACGAGUUGAGCAUACGCAGUAAGCUUUCGCUUUUGGUGCUUCUACAGGGUUUUGUAAAAUCUUGGAUGCAAUGCAUGGACUAUCCAUUGUGACAUUGUGGCAAUGCAUGGACUAUCCAUGUACAUAGACAUCCUGAGUAAAUGUAAUUUAUUAGGAGGUGCUGGAAAAUUUAAAUGUCUUGUUGUGAAGGUUGAACUCGA